AUGAGCAGUACGGUGCCUGACCGUGGCAUUGAAACUCUUGGAGUUAUCUGGAGCUUGACAGGAGCGUCGGGAAUUGUACUUGGUCUUCGUAUCUAUUGCAAGUUCUCCAGGCAUCGAGGCCUAUGGUGGGAUGACUAUAUGUUGAUCUUGGCUUGGCUGUGCCUUGUUGCGCCGACCGCCGUCACGACCCGGGAAAUCAACCUUGGCUUUGGCCGACAUGUGGGCGACAUUGCACCAGAGAACCUCGGAGAGCUGGGCUUCCUUGGACAACUCACUGCCUUCUUCUCGAUUCUAGGCGCCCUCUGGAGCAAGACUUCAUUCGCCAUCACCAUGCUACGGAUCACCAACGGAUGGGCAAAAUAUGCGGUCUGGUCAUUCAUGAUUUCGUCAAACGUCUUCAUGCUGAUAUCGGCUGUGUUUACAUGGACGUGGUGCACACCUGUACAGAAGAUUUGGCUGAUGGACCUAAUGCCGGGAACCUGCUGGGAUCAUGCUGUCGUUGUUCGAUACAAUACAUUUUCAGGCGCGUGGUCGGGCGUGAUGGACAUAUUUUUGGCUUUGCUGCCUUGGACGAUCAUUCCCAAACUCCAGAUGCGAACGAGGGAGAAGCUUGGUGUUGCUAUCGCCAUGAGUAUGGGUGUAUUUGCCGGCAUCACGGGCUUCGUCAAAUGUGUCAAGAUUCAGGCUUUGGCCAGGGACGGCGUUGACCUCGUCGAAUGGGGUGCUGCCGAGACUGCCGUCACCGUGAUUGCUACCUCGAUACCCAUCUUACGCGCUUUGUUCAGCGAGCUCCGCUCCACGGCGCGCUCCAACAGCAAAGGCACGGGCAAAGAUGCCAUGCCUGGUAGUCAGAGUCGUCUGUCGCGCAUGUCCAAGACCCCGGCCACCGUGGUGAGCUCGCGGCCGCGACCAAUGUCUCAGCAGGAGCUCAAUGAGGAGGACUCGGAUAGCGAUAGAAGCAUCUGGCCCGGCGGCAAGCCUUACAUUAUGAAGACGGACGAGAUCACGCUGACCUAUGACGACCGGCGCCGGUAUGAGGAGCGCGGAUACGAGAUGGGCCAUAUUGGGAGGGGCACUCAGUCGUCAAACUGUUAG